GUUUAGUUUUGUUUUCCUUUUGUUUUUAAUGGUUUUGAGCUUUUGGGAUUGUUUUGAUUAAUGUGUUUGAGUUUUUGUGAUUCUUGGUUUUAUUGUAUUUUCCCUUCCCUUCGAAAAAGAAUCAAGCUUGAUGUUAUUUCUAACUAAAGGUUUAUUUUUCUGUGAUGAGUUUUUCUGGAAACUGGUUUUGAGCUUUUUCUUUUGUUUAAACUGAUGAAUUGUACACCAUUUGAGCGAAUUCCUUGUGUAAUAACUUGAUUUCCAUUAGAACUUCAGAAAUUGGAAUUUAGAUUCAUAUUGAAUGAAAAUGGGAUCCGUUACAUGAUUUCAGAAUCUUGGUCUUAUUAGGAACCCGAAAGCUUUAAUUAAUUGUUGAAAAUGUAGCUUGCGCUAAUUGUUGAAUCCGGUCAGUAAGGAGUGAGCUUGAAGUUCUUUGAGAAGAGUUAGACUACGGGUUAGCUUUUGUUGGGAUUGUUUGAUAUUCUAAUCCGUAUUUGAUAGGUUGAUCAUUGAUGUCAUAAGCCUAUAAAUUUGUUCAUAUUCUGAAGUAGAUGAAAUUUUUUAUCCACCAAGUAAUUAGAGUUCUUUCUGAUAUCUAUGGCAAUGUUUGUUUCCAAAGAUGUGACCUAAUUUAUACUUGGAUUUCCUUUACUUGACAUUAUUUUGAUUGUUAAUUAUGUCUUCAAGUUCGAAUUUUUGGCCGAAUUUCUGGCAUUUAGAGGUUGGAUUGUCUUAGUGAUGUUAUUUUUUAUUGAAUGUGUUGCAUUCUAUUCGUAGUUGCUAGUUUAGAACAAGAUAGAUCGAUCUGAACAUUUAAGCUGAAGUUUUAUAUGGUAUUAGAGUCUUAUUUGUACUUUUACCUCUCCAAUUUCCUUACUAGUGCAGAGAUUACUGCUUUCAGUGACUGUAAUGAAGAAUUUGUGAAGUUAAACACGGAAAUAUUAGUGUUCCUAUUGACAAUGUGUUCUCUCUCCUUGCCUGGGUUCAAACAGAUAGAAAUUCGGGUGCCUUUGGUGAUUUGAAGUGUACACUUAUAUCUGAUGUCACUCAUCUCUCUCUCACACGCCAUGCAAGACACACUCCCUGUCCUCCCCAAAAACAACCCUUUCCCUCCCUUACUUUCCCCCCACCACCAUGAUUUCCCCCUACUUUCUCGCCCCAAAAACCUCCAUUUCCCUACUUUUUCUUCUAGAACAAUCACCCCCACUUCUCUACCUCCCAAACCCAAUCCCAAAUUCCCCCAAAUCCCUUCAACUUCUCCGCCACCACCAAUGCCACCACCAAACUCCCACUCUGACUUCCAAGAGAAAAUGCUUUACCUCGAGUCCAUAGGCCUUGAUUUUUUCUCCCUGAUCCAACACCACCCUCCCAUCAUAUUUGCUUCUCUCCAUGAUCUGAAAUCAACCGUUGAUUUUCUAGCCUCCUUGAGCUUCACUACGCUCGAGCUACGCCGAAUCCUCUCCAUGUGCCCCCAUAUCCUAACCGUGAAACCAACUUCUCUCCUCCCUAUCUUCACUUUCCUUCUCCGCGAAGCGCACGUCAACGGCUCCGACUUAAAGAAAGUUAUCAACAGACGGCCCAGAUUACUCGCAUGCAACGUGGAGACUCAGCUCCGUCCCACCCUAUAUUUCCUACAAAGCAUCGGAAUCUCUGAGGUAAAAAAGCACACUUCCUUACUGACUUGCAGUGUGGAAAAUAAACUGAUCCCUCGAAUCGAUUACUUCCAAAAAAUCGGAUUUUCUCACAGACAAACAAUAUCGAUGUUCUGUAGAUUUCCUCCACUGUUUAAUUACAGUAUUAAGGAAAACUACGAGCUGAAAUUAAAUUAUUUCAUGGUGGAAAUGGGGAGGGAUUUGAGAGAAAUUAGAGAGUUCCCUCAGUAUUUUUCUUUUAGCUUGGAAAGUAGGAUAAAGCCAAGGCACCAAAUUUGUGUUGAAAAAGGGGUUUGUUUUCCUUUGCCUGCUUUGUUAAAGACAAGUGAAGUUGAGUUCCGCAGUAGAUUAGAGGUUUGUUGUAAUUCCACCUUACCAUUGAAGGGGUCUCCUUUAUGGUGUACAAAAGUUUGUGAUAUUUAAUACUAUGAUUCAACGUACAGUGAAAAAAAAAUUGAUUUUUUUA